GUCUCUCCCUUCUGCUGACCAUAGAGGAGAAGCCAAUAAGUUUCAGGAGGGGGUCGCGUGGGUAUUUCCUCCUGUCCCUCAACGUACUUGUUGCGGUGCGGCUCGUUUCUCUCCGGCACCUUGGGACUUUUCAGGAAGUGCAGCCAUGGCAGAGGUGUGCUAGCCAGCAUCACCAUGUUUGGCAAGAAGAAAAAACGCAUUGAGAUCUCUGCCCCCUCCAACUUUGAGCACCGAGUCCACACCGGUUACGACCAGCAGGAGCAGAAGUUCACAGGGCUGCCCAGGCAAUGGCAGGGCAUCAUCGAGGAGUCGGCCAAGCGGCCAAAGCCACUUGUGGACCCAGUGUGCAUUACUGCUGUCCAGCCUGGUUCGCAGAAGACCAUCGUGCGAGGGAACAGAACCGCCAGGGACGGUUCCCUGGCUUGGCUGCUGGAUGAGUUUGAGAACAUGUCGGUGUCACGCUCCAAUUCCCUGCGUAGGGACAGCCCACCCUUCCCAGCCCGGCACGAACAGCUGUACCAGGAGAACGGCCUGAGCGAGGCCUUGGCCAAGCCCCGCCCCCGCCCCCCAAGCGAGGAGGGCGGCCGGAGCCGAGAACAACACAAGGAGCGGAGCCGCCACGCAGCCAGGAGCGAACUGGACCAGAGCAAGGAGAGGACCAGGGACAACAGGACUGCUGCACAGCACCCCCGGGGGCAGGAGCCCCCGGGCAAAUCCCACCAACUCUCCAGCCACCGGCCGCCCCCUCCGGAGUACCACAAGGUCUCCUCGGACAACAGACACAGAGCCCAUGAACGGGACGGGAGGAAGGAGCCCCCAGUGGAAAAGGAGCCAUCUGACCGUGUAAUCAGGAGGGACCGUUCCGACGUCCCUGACAAAAGACCCAAGUCUACAUACACGGGGGAGACCAGCCCACAGUCUCCCCGGGAAAAACGGCCCCUCUCAGGACCAAAUAUCCGGACCCCUAACAUCCCCAUCUCCGAGGGGGUGAUGAAAACGGCACAGCAGACUGGACGGCCUUUUAACACAUACCCACGAGCCGACACAGAUCCUGUCAGGGGCUCUCAGGGGGAACACAGAGGAAAGCCCCAAGAAAGUACAUCCAAUGGCCCCAUAAGUGGAAACAGCGGAUCCUCAAGGGCCCCGCAGUCAGGCCCAGCGAGAUCCAGAAAUGCAGAGCCACCUCAUCUCGGACUCUCCCAGCAUGCCUCAGACCCCCACUUAACACACAGCCCGCAGCCUGCCCCUCAGCAGCCUGCCCCACAGCAGCAACCGCAGCAGCCUCCCGUUCCUCCUCCCUCCGCCCCACAGCAGCCCCGCUCCCCACAGCGUGAGCCCCAGCGUGUCUCGCACGAGCAGUUCCGAGCCGCCUUGCAGAUGGUGGUGGAUCCCGGCGACCCCAGGGCCUACCUGGACAACUUCAUCAAGAUUGGAGAAGGUUCCACAGGCAUCGUCUGCAUCGCGACCGUCAAGAGCUCUGGGAAGUUGGUGGCUGUCAAGAAGAUGGAUCUGCGCAAGCAGCAGCGGCGGGAGCUGCUGUUCAAUGAGGUGGUGAUCAUGAGGGACUAUCAGCACGAGAACGUGGUGGAGAUGUACAACAGCUACCUGGUGGGCGAUGAGCUGUGGGUCGUCAUGGAGUUCCUGGAGGGAGGCGCCUUGACUGAUAUUGUCACGCACACCAGAAUGAAUGAAGAGCAGAUCGCAGCUGUCUGCCUCUCUGUCCUGAAGGCCCUGUCUGUCCUCCAUGCCCAGGGAGUCAUCCAUCGAGAUAUCAAGAGUGACUCCAUCCUCCUUACGCAUGACGGCCGGGUCAAACUCUCUGACUUCGGGUUCUGUGCACAAGUGAACAAGGAGGUGCCACGACGCAAGUCUCUAGUUGGGACCCCUUACUGGAUGGCACCAGAGCUCAUCUCCCGCUUGCCCUAUGGUCCAGAGGUGGACAUCUGGUCCCUGGGCGUGAUGGUGAUAGAAAUGGUGGAUGGGGAGCCCCCCUAUUUCAAUGAGCCCCCACUAAAGGCAAUGAAGAUGAUCCGAGACAACCUGCCCCCCAAACUGAAAAAUGUGCACAAGGUUUCCCCUUCCUUGAAGGGCUUCCUCGACCGCUUGCUGGUCAGAGACCCGGCCCAAAGAGCCACAGCAAACGAACUCUUGAAGCAUCCCUUCUUGGGCAAAGCUGGGCCCCCGUCCUGCAUCGUGCCGCUGAUGAGACAGAAUCGGAUGAGAUGAAAGGGGCAAAAGGAACUGGACGCCUUACCAAAGGGCAGGGCCGGGGGGGGUGGAAGUGGAAGCACCGUCACCCCCAGUAUAUUCUCCCGCAUGAUGAUGGGCCUUUGUGGCAUCUCCUUGUCCUCUUCCCCUCGGAGGGAGGGAUAGGGGCGUCGUGUCCCCCAGGCGAGGUGGGCAAAAGCAGCUCAGCAGGGGAUCCCCCCCCCUCCAGGGCUGGCCUUUUUCGCCUUCCAGAUUGGUGAGACUGGAGCAGCUGAUCCCAUAACUGGAGGCCUGCCUGCCUGCCUGCCUGCCUGCCUCUGCACCCCUUUCUGUACUACUGAGCUGAGGUGGGAUUUAGACUGCAAAGGGAUUUUGUUUGGUUUGUUUUGCAUUUUAGAAGACUAACAUUUCUGAUUACCAGUUAAUUGUUUAUAUUGCCAGUGUAGGAGGAGGAUUGGCAGAGGGGAGCCAGAGCCCAGAGGGCAUCUUCAGCAUCGAGCCCUCCCCUCCCCUCCCCUCCCCUCCCCUCCCCCAGCAGCACAGCCUUUCCUGGCUCCUGCUUGGAGUGGGCUGGGGCCAUCGGGAAAGGGCACUCCAUGCGAAGGUCUUGUGCUCUCGAGUUGAGCUGCCGGUGGGUGGGUGGGGGGCGGCUUCUCUCGCUCCAGCCAAGGAAAACUCUACAUGGAUCUGGUCACAUCUCUGAUGGAAGGAAAUGCAUCGUGCUGCUGAUGCUCUGCUUCCUCUCGUUUUGAGGGAAGGGAGGAAAUGAGGCAGAUGCUCAGGGCCCCAGAAAUGUGCAGGAGGCUCUUGGUUCUGUGAAGUGUGUUUCGUUUUUAAGAAGAGGGUCUCUGCAGCCCCUUCCUUGUUCACACUUGCUAGAAGUGGCUCUGUUGGGCUUGGUGUCGGAAUCAAGAAGUGGCUUGCUUGCCUAGCCAGGCAGGGGCUGCUCAUCUCUUGCUUGUUUCAUGGGGAUGGGAUUGCUCCUGGGACCCUGCGAGGAUGCUCUUGGUCGGGGCGUGCAGCCAGCAGGGGUUCCAGUGUCUCGCCACCACAAAAGAAGCGACUCUCGAGAUGGGUGAGAUGGCAUUUUAUAUUUUGGAGUGGGGACGGAGGGCAGGCUGUAGCCUCCGAGCUUUCUCACUGUGUGACUGCAACUUUUGAGAGAGGCAGACACAACCCAGGAGCUUCCAGCCAGGGUGAACAUGCCCUGGAAAAGGGUGCCCUGGACGAUUUCUGGCUGCAUCUGUUCCUGCUCCUCUGGCUUCAGAAAGAGGUGGCCUGCUAGCCACCUCUGCCAGCCAGCUGCACCCCUUGGGCCACACAGCCAAAUGCCCUGCAGGACGUCGCUGUGGCUUAUCUCCCCCUCCCCACGUGCUUUUGCGAGCUGCUGCUCCCUGCUUGGCCUUGUAGCCGAGUGCCGAGAUCGCUUGCCGCUUGGAUUGCAGUAGUCUAGCCUUCUGUGUGCUUUUGUGGUUUCCUAAAAUGUGGCUUGUGGAUUUUGUCAGCCUGGGAUGGAGCCUGACUGGAUUUGUGUUCCUGUCUGACCUCUCUGUUGCAGGAAGAGUGGGUGGGUGGCACUUGGCUGCCCCUUCACUGCUUCUGCUUGGGGCAGGAAAUAAAAGAAGCGGAGCCUGGUUGGGGCCUGCAGACUGCAGAGCAAGAAGAGAAUGGGGGCUGUGCAUUUUCAGCACAUUGGCAGCACUUUGGGACUGCGUGGGUCAGAGCAUUUGGCAGCUGUGUGUGAACACACCUCUGCACCCUCGCCAGUUUUUUAAUCUGCCCGUAAUCCCGCAGCAUCCCACUGGGGGUCAAGGGAGGCGGGGAGAGUUGAGGCCCCCCGGCCAUCCCUGUGCUCUGGUCUAGCUGAGUGAGCACAGCAGCAACACACCCCCUUCUGUCUUAGUCUAAGCCGGCUGUUUCUUCCACGUAGUGCACAAGGCCUAAGCUGCAGAGCCUCCUGGGAGGGGGUCUCUGGGGUGGGGGAGACUGUGGGGGCUUGAGGCUCUCAAAUACGCCCCCCCACACACACACACACUGUGCUUUGGAACAGGAGAGGCAGGAGCCUGAGGCAGAAGGGAGUUGCCUCCCUUCCAGCCGAAUCACCCGUGCAACCACCACACAAAGUGCCCUGGUUUGGCUGGGGGGCGGGUGGCUGCCCUCCCUUGCACGUCCACUUUGGGGUCGGGUCUCCAAGGACAAGUAAAGUGGGAAAGGUGGGGCGUGCUCCUUGGUCUCCUGUGAGCUCUUGGGGUUCCAGGGGUUGGCUAGACCAAAGAGGGCAGGAUGUGGCAUAGACCUUUUGGAAUUAGUGCAGCUGCCUUGAUAGGAGAGAGCGGAGAAGUGCUCUUCACAGGGGCUCCACCCCUUGCCCUUGCAUGCGGUACAGUUGGGGCCCUUCUGCAUGCAUGACAGGGAAUAUUUUUUAAGAGCAGGAUACUUCAGGGUGUAUGUUAUGCAACUCCUUCCCAGUGCCACAUCUUUUAAUGCACUUCCUUCCCUUGCGGGGCUCUGAUGAUGGGCGUUUGAUCGCUGCCUCCUCUUCUCCCUGUAAAUCAGGAUUUUGCCAAGCUUAGGAUUCUCCAUACAAAGCCUCUGCCAGCCCAUUUCCCUUCCAGAGAAGGACCUGCCGCCAGAGGAAAUGCCCCUGUAGGGUUUCACUUUUCGUCUCUGAGAUCGGGCAAAGGAAUGCCGGGGGGGGGCAGUGCCUUUCUCCUGCUCCCCAGCGGAAGCCGUGCAGGUGGCCUUGGUGCGCGCGCAUCUUUAGACUCUUCCAGUGGCACUUUUGUGCAACGGUGUUCCCAGUUUGUUUCUGAUGUGUUGUUUCCCUUGUGGAAAGCCUUUCCCUCCCCCCACCGGAGUGGACUCACAAACGGCUGCCUGGCCUUUGUGGGUUUUUCCAUCUCCACUGCUUUUCUUAUUGGCUGAAAUGUGUUUGACCUCUGUGGGACGCUUUCUCUCCUCCCCCCACACUUGCUUUGCUUGCUGAAGGCACCCCCUGGAACACCCAUUCCCAGUCCCGCUCAUAUGGGACUGCCAGUUGCCCAGCAGUGAAGUCAGCUGAGGCACGGUGCUUUCUCUCGGAGUUUUCCAUUUGGACCUCUGGACGGAAUCCUCUUUGUGGACAAGCAAGCAAAACACUACAGCUUGUUUCUCCUGACAGGGACCAAUCUUUGUGCCCUCGCCAGCACUCUGGACUUGCUCCUGAGCGGGAGGGGGGGGGGCUUUGCUAAAAAGCUGGGCUUCUCCACUUCUGGGAAGAGGUUUGGACUGGAUGGCAGCAUUUAAUCUGAGCCAUGCCGUGGCUGGCUUCAUCUUGGCCAUGCAAGCGAGGACGCCAGGAAGGAGCUGCUGGGUGCCCUCUCCCCUGGUCAGCCAGCCAGCCGGCCGGCUGCUGCGGUCUGGAAUCCCUUUUUCCUCACAAAAAACUUUAAAGGCACUAAACCCUCAAAGGUGCGAAACACUACAUUUUUUCUGAGGGGGGGCAGACUUUGAAUCGCUUGUACUUUAUACAAUAUCUGGGCAGUUCAGACUCUUUUAUCUCCACAAAACGCUGCUCCCAUCUGUCUCUUUGUAUGUCAGAUGAGAGGUGGGAAGGAACAUCCAGUGUGGGCCCCGUGGGCAAGUUCUCUGGGGGUCUAGAGACCUGCCCUAGUGCCCCACCCUGCCUGUUCUGCCUCAAGCUAGCAUGAAGACUUUUACAUAACUGGAGGCUUGGAAUGAGCCCUUCCGCCCCUUCAAGAAUGACUACUGAUUCAUUUUGUGGGUUUUUGUUACCUUUUUUUAAAAAAGAGAAGUUAUUUAUAUUGUAAUUUUUUUUUGUAACACAACAGUAUUUUGCGUUGGGAUGUUUUCUUUAUUCCCCACCUCCCUCACCUAUUCUUCUGGACAGACCUGCUGUGACCAAGUCCAGUGAUGGUUCAGCCGUGAAAUGUAUAAAGGACUGGACUUUCAUGUUAUGAGAUGUGGCUGUGGGGUGGUUCUUUUUUGUUUGUUUUUUUCCUUCUCAGAUGUGGUGUUAACUUGGGUGCAAGUUUUUUAAAUAGUCAAAAUUCUAGUUUUGCAAA